ACUUUCCACCACACAAAUUAAAUCAGAAAUCUCUCUCUCUCUCUCUCUCUCACACACACACACACACACACAUCUCUGUGUGAGAAUGUGCUUGGAAAAGUAGUGAGUGAAAAUCAUGAAUAGACGGCUACUCCUAGCAAUCAAUCAUGCCAGAACCAGAACCAUAUCUGCGGUGCUACUUUUCUUCCUGUUCCUCAUAGCGCACCCCAGCAUCAGUCUGGAUGCAGGGGAUUUGGAGGAGAUGCCAAUUAACCCACCACCAGCGCCUCCUGCUGAACUCAUCGGAGUCGGAGUUAAAUCAACAAUAUUGCAGCCCAUGGUGGUGAAGGGAGGCCCAACUGAUUAUAGGACGGCAGUUGAACUUGUGUUAUCGUUAGCCAACAACAGUAUUACUCAGGGCCAGAGGCGGAGGAUGGCAGCCUUCCAGCUGUGCUUGGCAUGCAAGUGCUGCGUAGCCAGUGCUGUAGAUCCCAACACCUGUGUCACAAUGCCUUGCUGCUUUGGCAUUGAUUGCCAGCUUCCUAACAAGCCCUUUGGGGUUUGCGCUUUUGUACCCAAGACCUGCAACUGUAUCUCUUGUUCCAUUGUCUAAGUCCAAGGCUUAAGUCUAAGUCUAACAACUGCCUCUCUCUCUCUCUCUCUCCCCUUGCCCUUUAAAAAUACCAACAUAUAUAAGGCUGCACUUGCUAUAACCUACUGCACACAAUCUCUUCCUUAAUUCCCAUCCCUAGGAAUACUUCAAAAUUCAAUUCUGUUAUUAAUAUUUGCAGAUUCCAUGGCAUUGGGAGGGGACCAUUAUGUAUCUUCUUCAUAGCUUCAUUCAUAUAUAUUUGCAUAGAAAUAUAGAUAUAGUAGAGAUAUAAUUGUUCACACAAAACUGAAUUGUUCUAGUACUGUCAAAUAUAGUAUCAUCUUGUAGAUAAUUAUUACUUGAUGGAUAUAUCUAAUAAACAUGAAUAUUUGGGCCUGCAA